AUGUGUGAGGAAGUGUGUGAGGAAAUGUGUAAGGAAGUAUGUGAGGAAGUGAGUGAGGAAGUAUGUGAGGAAGUGUGUGAGGAUGUGUGUGAGGGAGUGUGUGAGGGAGAGCUGUGUGAGGAAGUGUGUGAGGGAGUGUGUGAGGGAGUGUGUGAGGGAGUGUGUGAGGAAGUGAGUGAGGAAGUGUGUGAGGGAGUGUGUGAGGAAGUGUGUGAGGGAGUGUGUGAGGGAGUGUGUGAGGAAGUGUGUGAGGAAGUGUGUGAGGGAGUGUGUGAGGAUGUGUGUGAGGGAGUAUGUGAGGAAGUGAGUGAGGAAGUAUGUGAGGAAGUGUGUGAGGAUGUGUGUGAGGGAGUGUGUGAGGGAGUAUGUGAGGGAGUAUGUGAGGGAGUGUUUUAG